CGGAGUUCGGACAGUUUAUGUGCAAACGUUGUGUCCGGAGAACACCACAGAGAUUCCCACCCCCCCAUUCAAUAACACGCUCCUACGGCGCUGUACUGUCCUUUUUGUUUUGUCUCUCCCUCUUCCCGUUUCCCAUCCAUCGAUUGAACGAUGAGGUGUGCGUGGCGGCGGACGGUGGUGCUGUUGCUGACGUGCGCCGCCGCGCUCCCUCCGCCCUGCGCUCCGGAUUCGAGCGAUUUCCUGUGUUUGACCCGUUUCAGCGCCGCCCUGGAGGACCCGCUCCACACGCUCCGGAACUGGACGGAAGCCACCUUCUCCGACCCCUGCGACGGCUUCACCUCGUACCUCCAAGGCGCCACCUGCAACAAUGGCCGCGUCUACAAGCUCUCCCUCUCCCAUCUCUCCCUCGCCGGCUCCAUCUCCCCUUACCUCUCCAAUUGCACCAAUCUCCAAGCCCUCGACCUCUCCUCCAACUCCCUCUCCGGCCCAAUCCCGCCGGAGCUCGGAUUCCUCGUCAACCUCGCCGUCCUCAACCUCUCCGACAACCUCCUCUCCGCCUCCAUCCCGCCGCAGCUCGCCCUCUCCGCUUACCUCAACGUCAUCGAUCUCCACCGCAACCGCCUCUCCGGGCCCCUCCCGCCCGAAUUCGGCCUCCUGGCGAGGCUGACGGCGUUCGACGUCUCCGACAACCGGAUCUCCGGCCCAAUCCCGGCGUCUCUGGCCCGAUUCAAUGCCAGCUCGUUCGAGGGGAACAAGGGCCUCUUCGGGUACCCUUUGCCGCCCAAGAGCAGCGGCGGUCUGUCGGUGUUAGCCAUCGUCGGGAUCGGAUUGGGGAGCGGCGUUGUGAGCUUGGUGCUGAGCUUCACCGCCGUGUGCGUGUGGCUGAGAGUGACGGAUCAGAACCGGGAAGUCAAUAAAAUCAGUCACCCCAUGCCGGACUAUUAAUUAACAAAUUAAAGCAAGCACUUUUUCUUCUAAUUACUUCCUUUUUAUUAUUAAUAUUUGGUGCUUCGAUCAAUUCUUCUUGAGCUUAUCAUUUCAAUUUCUUGAUGAAGAUGAGAUCAAUAGUGUGAAUGUAGCAUUUUUAUUUUUUGGGGGGUUUUGUUUUAUGGCAUCACAAUUGCUCUCAAUAGUGUGAAUGUAGCACUCAUGGCAUCCU